UGCUCUCUCCUAUGGAUACGUGUAUCACUUCUCCCUUUUAGCAACCCAUUUAUGAUUCCUUAUUGAUAAUUUACCAAACCAUUUCCUGGUAACCAUUUUCUUCUCAAUUUCUCCGUAGGUAUUGCUCAAGGCCAGUCAUACCCAGUUUAUCUUCUUCUAUUCUUGUAAGAAUUCUACCAUUGAUUUUGUAAAUCAAAGCUGGAAUUUACCUGAAAUGUCCACAAACGAAGAUGUUGCAUCGCGUCGAGAUGAAGAGGCCAAGGAACAACGACGACGUGAUAGAAAUCUACGACGUCGCACUAGAUAUGCACAAAUGUCACCUGAAAGGAAACAAUCAUUUUUGCUGAAACUGCAAGCCAAGAGAGCUAAAUCAAAAAGGCGGCGACUUAAUCCUCAUUCAAGUAAUACACUGUCCUUAAUGGAAACUGGUACUCAAUCUCAAAGACAGAGUGCUCUUACAGUUGGUGAUUGCCCGUUAGAUUCAGAAGAAGGUCAUGCUUCUGAAGCUACAAAUAUGCCAGUUAUUAUCGAUAAAGGAAAUAAUAUGAUUGAUUGCUUGUCCAUCUUUGAAGUAGGAUCAACUUCAGGUACAUGUAAUGCAGGAAUUUCUUCAACUCCAGCAGCUAUUGCACAUAGAGGUAUGUAUCUAUCUGCCAAAAAUAUAACAAUCUCAUAGUAUCACAUUACUGUCGAAUUACAGAAUGAUGACUUGUUGCUAAAAAAUUAUGUACAUUUAAAAGAAGUUCCGGAUUGUAAAUUUUGUGGAGCAAAAAGGUUCCAAUGUGAACCACCAAAAUUCUGUUGUGGUAGCGGAUCAAUAAAAUUGACUUUUCAUCAAAUGCCUGUAUAGUUGCAGAAUUUAUAUUUAGGCAACAUUGCAGAAUCUAAACAUUUUCGUAAUUAUAGUAGAACCUAUAAUAAUAUGUUUGCAUUCACCUCCCUUGGUGUUAAUUAUGAUAGAGUAUUAGCAAAGAUAAAUCGUGGUAUAUAUACAUUUAAAGUUUAAGGACAAAUGUAUCACUUUAUUAAAGAUUUAAUUCCUUCCGGAAAAAGAGCAAAAAAUUUACAAUUGUACUUUUAUGAUAACGAAAAUAAGAUAAAGAAUCAAAUGAGCUUAUUAGACAAGUUUAAUGAAGCAGUUGUCAAGAAAUUGAUGAAAAUACUAAAGGUUAAUCCAUAUUCUACUUUUCUAAAGUCAUUAACAGAUAUUCCAGAAUUAUCUGACUUCUAUAUUGCACUUAAAUCUGAUUCUGGUUUAGACCAAACAACAUACAACUUACCUACUUCAUCCGAAGUUGGGGCAAAUUGGAUAGAAGAACAAACAAAUAACAGAAUUUCCACUCCGCAUAUUCGAAUAUACACUCAUAGUAACAGAAGUCAGUUGGUAAAUUAUUAUUAUGGAUGCUAUGACCCAUUACAAUAUCCAUUGAUAUUCCCAUAUGGUCAAAAUAGAUGGCAUUGUGCUAUUAAAAAAAUUAAGAAAACAUAUAGUCAUUCAAAUCACCAAAUUUACUGCGAAUGUGAACAACUGCCAAGUAUAUUGAACAUGACUUCAAUUGAUAGGCUACUUGAUAUGGAAUCUGAAGUUUUAUCAAAAGGCAAAAGGAAAAGAGAAACGGUUUCUUGCCAUGAAUAUUAUUAUUACAAGAUUCAAAUAAGAGAGAAUGAAUCAAAUGAAACUUUACAUUCUGGAAGGGUAUUUCAACAAUACAUUGUUGACCAAUACAUAAAACUUGAGACUCAAAGACUAGAUUUAUUUUCCUUUAACCAAGAUUUAUUCAGAACUGCAGUACUACAAGGGAUUCUUGAUUUGUUAAGACAGGGAGAAAGAGAUGCCUCAAAUAUUGGAAAAACAAUAUUCUUCCUAUUAGUUUUAUUAGAGGCCCAAGAGAUAUGUGUAGAUGAUAUAUGUAUGCUAUUGCAUUGGUACAACGUUAUGGAAAACCCGACAUAUUCUUAACAAUGACGUGCAAUCCUUCUUGGCCUGAAAUUAAAAAAUAUUUAUUAACAUCUGAAGAAGUUCAAAAUAAGCCUGAUCUAAUCAGCCGAGUAUUUAGAGCAAAAGUAGAGGAACUUAAAAUAGAUAUAUUAAAAAAAAUAUUUUUGGAAAGGUUGUAGCUUUUAUUUUCCCCAUAGAAUUUCAAAAACGUGGACUUCCACAUGCUCAUUUCCUUAUUAUACUUGCAGAUAGAUAUAAACUAUUAACACCAGAGGCUUAGGAUAAAUUUGUUUGUGCUGAAUUGCCUGAUCGCAAUUUAGAUUCCUCUUUAUAUUCACUUGUGACUAAACAUAUGAUUCAUGGACCUUGUGGCUAUUUAAAUCCUUCCAAUUCUUACAUGAAAAAAGAUCACUGUAUGUUUAAAUAUCCUAAAGAACUUGCAGAACAUACAACGAAAGGAAAAAAUUCAUAUCCUAUAUACAGAAGACGACAAAUAGAGAUACCUGUAGAAGUUAGAGGACACAAUAUUGAUAAUUCUUGGGUUGUUCCUUACAAUCCAUUUUUACUUAAGAAUUCAAUUGCCAUAUUAAGUUGAAAUAUGUUCUGACAUUAAAGUUGUCAAAUAUCUUUAUAAAUACAUCUGUAAAGGUCAUGACAAAAUUGCAUUUUCUGUGCAUGGCAAUAAUACUAUAACAACAACAACAACAACAACAACCCAGUAUAAUCUCACAAGUGGGGUCUGGGGAGGGUAAUAUGUACGCAGACCUUACCCCUACCCCGAAAGGUACAUUUGCAUGGUAAUAAUACAAAUGUACAUAUAGAUGAAAUAAAAGAAUAUCAAUCAGCUAGAUGGGUCUCUCCAUCAGAGGCUGCAUGGCGUCUAUUUGCUUUUCCUAUAAGUGAAAUGACUCCAAGUGUGAUGCAACUUCAGUUAUACCUUGAGAGACAAUAAUUUGUAUCCUUUAAAAGUACCCAAAAUAUACAUCAAAUUGUAAAUGAUCCAAUGACAAGGAUGACAAUGUUAACAGAAUUUUUUGUAAUGUACAGUACCAAUAAAGACGCUAAAGCUCUAAACUUAUUAUAUAAAGAGUUCCCAGAGUAUUUUGUAUGGUCACCAACUGACAAAAUGUUGUCACGUCGACAACGAGGUACUGCUAUUGGAAGAAUUGUAACGUGUCAUCCAACCGAAGGAGAAAGAUACUAUCUAAAGUUACUUUUAAUGAAUGUAAGGGGACCUAAAUUAUAUGCAGACCUUUGCAACGUCAAUGGAAAAUGUUGUGAUUCAUUUAGGGAAACUGCAGAAAAGCGAAACUUAUUACAUUGUGAUAACAAUUUAAUUGACUGUAUGUCUGAAGCUGUGAGUUAUCAAAUGCCUUAUAGUUUAAGACGCUUAUUUGAUACAUUAUUAGUUUACUGCAAUCCUGCAAAUCCAAGAGAACUAUGGGAAAAAUUUGAAGAACCUAUGUCUCACGAUUUCAAGAGAAUUCCAAAUUUGGGAACAAAAGAGAUUCGACAUUUAGUUUUGAAUUAUAUUAAUGAAGUCUUACAUUCAAUGGGACACAAUAUAUACGAAUUCAAAUUUACUUCUGAAAUUAUUGUACUUCCUUCACCAGCUAACGAGGCAAAAGAUGUUCAGUUUGAGAAAAAUAUAAUAGUAAGUGAAGAAGAUUUACUCAUAGAAAAGAAAUUAAACUCUGAACAAAGAAGAGCAUAUAAUAUUAUUCUUGAUAGAGUAUAUUCUGAUAAACCGAGAGCAUAUUUCAUUGAUGGUCCCGGAGGAACGGGAAAAACAUUCUUGUAUCGAGCUUUGUUAGCUAAUAUAAGAUCAAAAGGUUUUAUAGCUUUAGCAACUGCAAGUUCUGGUGUUGCAGCUUCAAUUCUACCUGGAGGACGAACUGCUCAUUCGCGCUUCAAAAUUCCUAUAGACAUUGAUGAGAAUUUUACAUGUAAUAUUAGUAAACAAACAGCAUUAGCAACUCUAAUUCAAGAUUCAAAGUUAAUUAUCUGGGAUGAAGUUUCAAUGGCAAAAGGGAAAAUGAUUGAAGCUUUCUAUACUCUUUUAAAAGAUCUCAUGAAUACGAAUAUACUCUUUGGUGGAAAGUUGUAGUUUUUGGUGGAGACUUUCGGCAAACACUUCCCGUUGUUCGUAGUGAAAAAAAAGAAGACUUUAUUUGUGAAAUUUUACUAUAUUCUGAUAUUUGGAAUGAUCUUGAAAAGUUGUGCUUAUCAGAAAAUAUGCGUGCAAAAGAAGAUCCUGCUUUUUGUGAGUAUUUAACGAGAAUUGAAAAUGGAAAAGAAGAAACUAACAACUCGAACAAAAUUGAAAUUCCACGUAAUUUUAUCAUUCCUUUUACCACUGAAACACAAUCUUUAAAUUAAUUAUUCAAUGUUACUUAUCCGAAUCUACUUACAUUCUUUUCUAAUCCAUCUUCUAUGACUUCCCAUGUUAUCUUAACUACAAAAAAUGAUUUUUUUUGAUGAAAUAAAUGACAUGCUUAUACAUCAACUUCCUAACAAUGCUAAAAUAUAUACUGCAAUUGAUGAAACUACAGAACCAAGUGACCAAUGCUAAUUUGAAGAUUUUCUGCACACAUUAAAUCCUCCUAAUUUGCCACCUUACAAAUUAACUUUAAAAAAAUUGUCCCGUUUUAUUAUUGCGAAAUUUAAAUCCUUGUGACGGAUUAUGUAAUGGUACAAGGUUAAUAUGUCACGACUUUAAGUCACAUGUAAUAAGUGCUACUAUUGCAAGUGGUGAUUUCAAAAAUACACAUGUAUUCAUUCCGAAAAUACCACUCUUAACAUCACAAGAUGAAAAGCUACCCGUUUCUUUCAAAAGAACACAAUUUCCACUUCGAUUAUAUUUUGCUAUGACAAUUAACAAAGCUCAAGGUCAGACAUUAGAUUUUGUUGGUAUUUAUUUACGUGAACCAGUAUUCUCUCAUGGUCAACUCUAUGUCGCUUUAUCUAGAGCAAAGAGUUCAAAAAAUAUAAAGAUACAGAUACGCCCACCAACGGCAGAGGAUAAAGAUGAUCAUUCUACCUACAAUAUAGUUUAUGAGGAAGUCAUUCGAAAAGAAUUCCCUUAAAUUAAUUAUAUUUAUAUCAAUAUGAUUCAUUACUUCUCCUUCCAACCUGUAUAAACAUGGCUACUGAUACACUCGGGGAAUUGCCCUUACAAGUAACUACAUGAGAAACUGAUUGCUAUUAGUGAAUAAUGUGUGGUACACUAUUAGGUCGGUGAUAUUUGAGAUUUCAAAUAAAGUUCGCCUCAUCCAUCUUUUUGGAUCCUUAUUACGAAUUCACACUCGCUCUUUCAUAAGGUAAACUCUACUAACUAAGUUAAGGUAACAACCUGUAUCAGUAUCAAUUACUUUCUUCAUGUUUCUGCAUUUCUUUACUUACCUUUAUUCUCAUAUUAUCUUUGUUUUUCUUUUUUUCAUCAGUUUUAUUCUCUUCUAGCUAGAUCAGUUUCUAUAUUCAUUGGUCUUCUCUAUUGCGCUUAUGCUGAUCCAACAAGUAUCUCAUUUUGUUUGUCGUGUUUAAUAAAUUAGUCCUCUGGGUUUUCAUACCUUUCUUUUUUGGAUUUGCUUGAUCUGUUAUUCCAUGUUUGUGUCGUUGUGUA